GCCUCUGCCCCGUCUCCCUGCCGCUCGCUGCUCUCAUGUCUCCCCGGCUUUCGCAGCUCUCUUUCGGCCCUGACCCUCCGGCUCUCUGACCCCUGGCUGCCGGUGUCUGUGUGAGACAUGCUCCGAUUCUGGUUGUGGCUGGCGGCGCUGUGGCUGGGCGCCGGCUCCGUGGCUGCGGCAGGCCGGCUGUAUACGGAGGAGGACCCGCUGGUGAUCCUGAGCAGCAGCAGCCUGAAGCCCGCCGUCACCAACUCGUCCUCGGCCUGGAUCGUCCAGUUCUACUCCUCCUGGUGCGGACACUGCAUCCAGUAUUCUGGCACAUGGAAGUCCCUGGCCCAGGACGUGAGAGACUGGCGGCCGGCGGUGGGCGUGGCUGUGUUGGACUGCGCUCAGGAGGAAAACUAUGACGUCUGUAAAGAGUUCAACAUCAAGUUUUAUCCCACAUUCAAGUAUUUUCGAGCUCACAGCUCGAAGAGCGAGAAAGGAACCAUUUACAGAGGACCGGAUCGGGGAGUCCAGUCGGUUCGACAGCUUCUGAUCGACGUUCUGCAGAACCACACCGAGCUGGACCGGCCGGAGCGCUGCCCCCCGCUACGGCCCCACAGGUCUGCGGAGCUGCUCCCUCUCCUGGGUCAAAGGUCGGAUCAUUUCACAGCCGUCAUCGUGGAGGAGCCAGAGUCCUAUGUUGGACGUGAGGUGAUCCUGGACCUGCUGCAGUUCUCUGGAGUGGAAGUGAAGCGGGCUGUGAGCUCUGAGCUCCCCCUGCUGGACGCUCUGAACAUCACAGUGCUGCCCUCCAUCUACCUGCUGCAGCCCAACGGGACACACACACACCUGCACAGUGAGAAGCCUCAGAGGUUCUUCUUCUCCUCCCUCCUUCGUUCUCUUCCCGGUGUCGCUCGGCAGUCGUCCAGCUCUGUUCCGGUUCCGGUGGAUGUGCAGCAGCAGAGCAGUGAACCCUGGAGAGAGUUCGACAGGUCCCUGGUCUACCUUGCAGACCUGGAAUCAGGUCUUCAUUACCUUCUCAGAGUUGAGUUGGCGUCUCACAGCACAUUGGAGGGGGCGGAGCUUCAGGUCUUCAAGGACUUCGUUACACUGGUGGCCAAGCUGUAUCCAGGUGGAGGCUCUGUGGUGAAGCUCAUGGAGACGCUCUCUGAUUGGCUGCUCACUUUGCCAUUACCCAAAAUCCCUUACCAGGCCGUCCUAGAUCUGGUGGACAACAAGAUGAGGAUCUCAGGUGCGUAUUUGGGGGCGGAGCUUCGCUGGGUUGGCUGUCAGAGCAGCAGGGCGGGGCUCCGAGGUUACCCGUGUUCUCUGUGGACGCUGUUCCACGUUCUGACGGUCCAGCACGACGCCAGACCCGACGCUCUGGACAACACAGGUCUGGAGGCGGACUCCGCUCCGGUUCUCCAGGUGAUGCGUCGUUACAUCCGAACGUUCUUCGGCUGUCAGGAAUGUGGUCGACACUUCGAGGCGGCAGCGGCGAGCGGCCUGAAGUCGGUACACAACCCAGAAGAACAACUGCUGUGGCUGUGGCAACAACACAACGCGGUCAACACCCGGCUGGCAGGCUCUCUCAGUGAAGACCCCCUCUUCCCUAAAGCCCCCUGGCCCAGCGCCUCCGUCUGCCCGUCCUGCCACGAGGAGAGAAACGGCGUCCACGUCUGGAACCGCGACGGCGUCCUGCUCUUCCUCCGACGUCACUACGGCGCCGCCAACCUCUCUCCCAGAUACGCCGCGACCCCCCCCCCGGCCCCCCGCCCCGCCCCCCCCGGAGCCCCGCCCGCUCGGACCGCCGAGCCUGAGGACGAGCGACGAGGAGGAGAGAGGGAGGAGCUGGAGAGGAGGGCAGAGGAGCAGCCGCAGCCUCACGUUGGACAGCAGGCUGGGAGGGGGGGGGGACGGGGGGGGAGGACGGGGGGGACGGGGGGGGGGGGGGGGCGGGCCGGGCUGUGGAUCCUGGGGGUGGGCUUCAACAGCGUGGACAUGAGUCUGUGUGUGCUCCUCUACGUCUCCUCCUGCCUCUUCCUCAUGCUCCUCUUCUUCUUCUUCAGGGUUCGGUCCAGGAGGUGGAGACUGACCCGGUCCCGCCUCCUGGUCUGACAGGACCGGGGUCAGAGUUCGGGGGGGGGGGGCGGUUCAGGACCUUGACUCAACCUCCCACUGAGCCAGACUGACUGCAGCUUUUCACUUUCAACCAAUAAGAAGAGUCUGGACAGGCGUAGGCUCCGCCCACAUGUACUGGUCCUCCGUUUGAGGAAACAGAGACCAGAACUCGGCGUGACCCACCUGGUUCUGGCUGGGAAUAGAUGCUGAGGCCAGAAGUGGAACCCGGAUCCUGAGCGCUCAGGAGAGGAUUAGACCCAAUGAACCAGGAUCAGGUCCCAGGUCAGAACAGCUUGACCCUGACCCUGGAGGCUCCACCUCUGGACCUCUGGACCUCUGACCCCACAGGACCGGGCGGUCUGGUCUGGACUUUGGCAGUGAUGUGUUCAGGGUCUGCCUGGUCCCGGGACUUCUCAGACUGGCGAGGAAGCAGAAAGCUGGUUUUCUCCGGAGGAUUGAAAAGCGUCGGACGUGAUUUUAUUUUUGAUCUGAUGAUUUAAGGUUUUAAAAGUGAAACUGGAACAGAAAUGAAGAACUGACCUCAGGAUGGAUCAACAGUGGUUUGUAGAAGGGUCUACUUAUUUUUUUAAUAUUUAUUGAUUGUUCUGUGAGCUCGGUCUUGUCAGUUUUCUUCAUUGUUCCAUUUCACCACCUGCAUUGCAAUUCAUGAUAAUUAAAAAACUGGGGGGAUUUUUGCAGCUUCUUUCAUCCUCCUCGUUCUUUUCCAUCUAAAAACUGCAUUUUUUUUAAUUCCAGGUUCUUCUCAGCUCAGUGUCUCGUGUCUUCUCCAUGUUCCCAGCAGGCCUUGCUGGAGGUUCAGGCCGUCCAGUUUGUGAUGGAUUGUUGACUUUGGUUUAGAUUGAAUCAAGAAAUAAACUAAGUACGACACCCUGAAGAACAGCGGAACCGCUCGGCUGCAGAACGUCUAGAAAGGAACAUGUGUGUCGCUCUUACGCUCAGCUGUUUGUGGUUUAAAAUCAAACCCUCCAUGUUUGUUCUUGGUUGAUUUUUAAUUUGGAGAUUAUUAAUCAGGCGAGAACUGGGUGUGACUGGAGUUUCAUUAUCUGACAGUUUCUUUGAAAAUGUGUGAAAUAAAUCCUGCUGCUACAAC